GUUUCAGGCAGUGUGUGCGCAUUGACGCUGUGUAUAUAAGCCCUGUGGUGGGAUGUUUGUGCAGUCCCUCCUGGUUUCACCUGUACUCCUGCAGUAUGGGGGCAUCAGGCAGCUUGACCUCACAGAGAUGGAUGCUGGCUGUCUGCUUUCUACUGGCCUCAGUUUUAGGGACAGGUGAAUCAAUCUCAACGACAGAAACUCAGAAAUACACUUGCAGGACGUUUGGCAGUGGUGUCGUCCAGCCUUUCAAUGGUUCGCGUUUCUAUGUGCGAUCCAACUGCCCUUUCACCCUCACCCGCUUCACCCACAACCGGGUUGAAUGUGACAUCACCAUACGGCGAGGUGCGAGCGGGCUGCUGCUUCAAGUCGAGAUCAUCAUCAACAAAAUCAGAACUGUUGUGCAGAAUGGAAGCAUCCAGGUGGAGACGAGAAGUGUUUCACUUCCGUAUGAUCACACCUACCAGCAUAUUUUUCACUACGGCAUCUACACUAAACUAAGGAGCUCGCUGCUUCCUCUGUCCGUCACCUGGCAUAGUGUACCUGGAGGAAUAGGCACUUUGUGGGUGGACCUGGAGCAGGAGCUGAGCACUGACAUGACCGGACUGUGUGGAAAACACAAUGUUCCAGGCAGCAGGCAGCAGUUGAUUACAGACAGCGAACUUACUGAAGACACAUGUCAAACCCGAGAUCCCAUUUCUGCUGUGAAUCCAGAAUGCAGACUGUUCUUCUCCUACACCUUGGAUUGUCUGCAAGCCAGGACGCCUCAGUAUAUCCAACUGUGUGAGGAGAACAUUUACAGCCAUGAAAACAAUAAAUACAUCAGCUGUGCUUUCUUCAAAGAAGUUGUCCAACAGUGUGGAAAUCGCAGCUAUGUCUGGCACAUAUGGAGAGCGGUAACCCGAUGUGCUCCACCUAGUUGUCCAGGAGACCUGCUUUAUGUAGAGCAGGGUGCUGCCUUCAUUCCCAGCUGCUCCAACCUAAACCCCAGAUUCUCCAACCAGGAUCUCACAAGCUCCUGUGUCUGCCCAAUGGGUAAGGUGCUUAAUGAUCAUGCAGUUGGUUUCCGGUGUGUGACUGCGUCCAGCUGCCCCUGUGUGUUUGCUGGCAGGAGCUACUUAACUGGAGACAUACGCAGCACCAAAUGUCAGUUGUGUGUGUGUGGGGCUGGGAGUUGGAAUUGCUCUGAAAACUUCUGCCCAGCCAGAUGUCUCAUUGAGGGGCCGUUUGUGACAACAUUUGAUGGCAAACAAUAUGUCGUCCCUGGUAAAUGUGCAUAUGUGGCAUCACAGGGUCUCAAUUGGAUCAUAACUGUUAAGUUUUCUGAAAAGGAAGCGUCUCUGAAAACAGUUGUCCUUCAGCUUUUUCAGGAAAUGUAUACAUUCUCAUACAACAGUGUUAAACUAGGAGGAGAGGAGAUAACUGAACUGCAUCAGUCUGAUCAUGCCCUGGUUUUCUGGCAGUCCUCCAUGUAUGUCCAAGUCCACACAUCCUUUGGUAUGAAGAUCCAAGUCCAGAUGUCUCCUGAAAUUCAGCUCUACAUCACUCCACCCAGAAACCACACUGGUGCAAUCUCAGGUCUCUGUGGCAACAGCAACAACGACACCACAGACGACUUCACCACCAGCAGCGGGAUCAUCGAGAACUCACCGCAGCCUUUUGCUCUGUCCUGGAGUGUGGGCACUUGUGCAGUGAACAUACCCCCAACCUGCAGCAACACAGACAAUGAAAUAUUUGCUGAUGAAAAGUGCUCUGUGUUGAACAACCCAACUGGGAUAUUUGCUAAAUGCCAUAGUCAUAUCCCAACUGACCAGUUCCACACUGAAUGCAUUCAGAGAACCUGUAACUGUGGCAGCAAUGUGCAGCAGUGUUUGUGCGUUGCUUUGGGCAGCUAUGCCAAAGCCUGCGCCAUCCUGGGUGUUGCAGUUGGUGACUGGAGGGAAGCUACCAACUGCACUCUGAAAUGUCAAAAGAACCAAGAAUUCUUCUACGACAUGCGGGCCUGCAACCGUACGUGCCUCUCCCUGUCUGGCCCUGACCCUCGCUGCUGGCUGAAUGAUGCUCCUGUGGAGGGCUGUGGCUGUCCUGAAGGAACCCACCUGAACCAAGGACACACCUGCACCCCAAAGGCAGAGUGCGUAUGUCACUACCAUGGCAGUACAACACCGCCGGGGCCUGUGGUUAUUGACGGACGACAGUGCCUCUGUGAGAAUGGAGAACUGCGCUGUUCCAAGGACUGUGGUUGUAGAAAUGGGAAGGUUUGUGUUCACUGCUCAGAGUACCUGGUUAACACGGCUCAAAAAACCUGUGACAGUCUCAGCAGACCACAGGCUGCCAAUUUGACCUGUGAGAGUGGCUGUUACUGCCCACAUGACCAGUAUGAAGAUCACAGUGGAAACUGUGUUUCUCUGGACAACUGCACCUGUGUGUAUGGCGGUAAAGUGUUCAGCACCGGACAGCAGGUCAAAACCAAUUGUAAAACAUGUAUCUGUGGUCAGGGCCAGUGGCGCUGCAAAGACGAGCCAUGUCCUGGGAAGUGUCAAGUUUAUGGAAAUGGACAUUACCAGACUUUUGAUUCUAAGUGGUACCGCUUUGAUGGACACUGCCAGUACACACUUAUAGAGGAUUAUUGUGGAAAGACAACUGGCUCCUUCUCUGUCAGGGUGGAGAGCGUACCCUGCUGUGAUGAGGCACUGACCUGCUCUCGCUCCAUUGUCCUGGACCUGCAGGGCAUAGUCAGUCUAACACUGAGUGACAUGAGAGUGACCAGACGUCUCCAAAAAGACUGGACUCUGCAAAAAGAUUCACUUUACACCACACAUACCGUUGGGCUCUACAUCAUAAUCUCAGUGCCAAGCAAAGGGAUAACUCUCAUCUGGGACAAACACACCAGGAUCACUAUAGAGCUGCAGCCAAACUGGAGGAGGCGAGUGUGUGGCCUCUGUGGGAACUUUGACUCCAAUGAGAUGAAUGACCUACAGAUAAGUGGCUCUGCAGUGGUAUCCAGCCCCCUGGCCUUUGGCAACAGCUGGAAGGCUGCCACACCUCCUUGUUCUGAUGUGACCACUGAGAUAUUUCCUUGUGAACGUAACUCCUACUGCUCAGCCUGGGCCAUGCGGCGCUGUCUGAUCAUUAGAGGGGACACAUUCAAAGACUGCCACUUAAAAGUGGACCCAGAGCCCUACUACCAUGCCUGUGUGCAGGAGUCCUGCUCCUGUGAGUUUGAAGGGAAGUUUCUGGGCUUCUGCACAGCUGUGGCAGCCUAUGCUGAGGCCUGCAGUGACCAGGAUGUGUGUGUCAAAUGGAGAACUCCUGAUCUGUGUCCUGUCUACUGUGACUACUACAAUGAGCAGGGCCAGUGUAGCUGGCACUAUGAGGCCUGUGGUGAGAUGCUAACCUGUGGAAAAGGCAACUUUUUCACUCACAAGCUGGAAGGAUGCUACCCCAGAUGUCCAAAAGAUGCACCAUAUUAUGAUGAAAAUACUGGUGAAUGCACCAAAUUGAGGAACUGCACCUGUUAUUUCAAUAACACAGUCAUUCAGCCUGGGGCAGUGGUGAGGAUAGAGUCUGAUGAGUGCACUUACCACCACCACCCCAGAGACAACUGUGCUUUCUACUACAACAACCACUACAUCUGUCCAUUAACCAAUGUCUCAGCUACUACUGAAACAUCGUCAACAACGCCUUCCACUACCACUACUCCAUUGACAGCCAUUACCAAUGUCUCAACUACCAUGGAAACAUCGUCAACAACGCCUUCCACUACCACUACACCAUUGACAGCCAUAACCAAUGUCUCAACUACCACUGAAAAAUUGUCAACAACGCCUUCCACUACCACUACAUCACUGACAGCCAUUACCAAUGUCUCAACUACCACUGAAAAAUUGUCAACAAUGCCUUCCACUACCACUACACCAUUGACAGCCAUUACCAAUGUCUCAACUACCACUGAAACAUCGUCAACAACACCUUCCACUACCACUACAUCACUGACAGCCAUUACCAAUGUCUCAACUACCACUGAAACAUCGUCAACAACACCUUCCACUACCACUACAUCACUGACAGCCAUUACCAAUGUCUCAACUACUACUGAAAAAUGGUCAACAACGCCUUCCACUACCACUACACCAUUGACAGCCAUUACCAAUGUCUCAACUACUACUGAAAAAUGGUCAACACCUUCCAGUACCACUAUACCACUGACAACCAUUACCAAUGUCUCAACUACCACUGAAACAUCGUCAACAAUGCUUUCCACUACCACUACUCCAUUGGCAGCCAUUACCAAUGUCUCAACUACUACUGAAAAAUGGUCAACGACCACUGACUUCAUCCCAGAAGAGACAGGCACAGCAAAGUCAACAUGGACACCAACAGCAAAGCCCCACGAAUCAGCAACAUCAGCAGAUACUUCCUCAACUCAGUCAACAACAAAACAUACAGAGCCAACAGCAACACCUCAGUUAACAACCACAUUUGCAACAAAUGCUACACCUGCUGAAACCUCUGGUCCACCUGAAAUUACUAUCACAGAAGUGUCCACUGAAACCUCUUUUACCCCCACUCAACCCACUACCAACUCAGAAUCACCAACAUCUCAUGAAGUGACACAUAGUUUCACAACGUCACCAACUUACACAACACCAUGCAGUGACUGUAAAGACCUGAAGAGGAAGAAAAUCUGGGCUUGUGGUGACACAUGGACAGAGGACUGUUUCUAUAAGACCUGUGCAAAUGGGAAGAUAGAGUUGACCCCUGUGGUUUGUCCAGAGCCCACAGUUCCCACUUGCCCCAGAGAUCAGGUCACAAAAGUCUCAGACGGAUGCUGUGAAACAUGGAAAUGUGACUGUCGUUGUGACCUAUAUGGGGACCCCCACUACAUCUCUUUCGAAGGUGUAACCUUUGAUUUCCUGGAUGACUGCACCUACAUCCUGGUGGAGGAGCAGUCACCACAACAUCAUCUGUCCAUUGCUGUGGACAACUUCUACUGUGUGCCAGGGCUCGAAGGCUCCUGUGCCAAGGGCAUCAUCCUGAAAUAUCAGAACAAUAUUGCUACACUCAGUAUCGUCCCAGAUUUGUUUGCAGUACAGGCCACUCUGAACAAUGUGACCAUACAGCCGCCAUAUGAGGAGCAAGCGUUGAGGUUUGAGACAACAGGGUACAUGGUGUCAAUCCAUAUCCCAGAGAUCCGCUCUUAUGUCUCUCUAAGUCCGUCGUACACCCUGGUGGUCAGUCUGGCCAUGGAACACUUCCUCAACAACACCCAGGGACAAUGUGGUGUAUGUGGUGGCGGAACAUGUAUUCGUAGAGGAGGGCAGAUCGAGGAUAACAGCUGCUGUGAUAAGACGGCCUAUGACUGGGUGUCCGCAGAUCCCCUGAAGCCAGCCUGUUUUUCUGCACCAAGGAACGUACCCUGUCAUCCUGGGCCGACUCUGGGACCCACUGACAAACCCCCUACCACCGCUAUCUGCAUUGCGAGCCCACUAUGUGAGCUGCUAGACCAUCCAGUAUUUUUAAAUUGUAGUGAGUAUGUGAAUCUGAAACUUAUAAAGAAGAACUGUGAGUCUGAUUCAUGUGGGACCACACACAGUGCUUGCUCCUCUCUAGAGCAAGCUGCUGGGGAAUGCAUCACUGCUGGUAUCUGCAUCGACUGGAGACAACUGACUAACGGAAGCUGCAAUGUGACAUGCCAAAAAGGAUUGGUUUACAAAGAAUGUCAAGACAAGCUGGAUGACUUCUGCUUUGGAGGAGUGCGAUAUCCAGGCGCCUCCCUCGAGAAACGCAGUACAGGUUGUUUCUGUCCCAGCGGCCAGUUCAGGGCAGGAAAUCAUUCAAACGACUGUGUGUUUGACUGUCCUUACUGUAAAGGACCACUUGGAGAGCCAAAACUGCCUGGUGAGGUGUGGGAGUCCCACUGUGAGCUGUGUACGUGUAACAAUCAGACUCGAACAGAAGAGUGUUCUCCAAAACCUGUCCAGCCAGCUCCUCUCUGUGGCCCCAAUGCUGUUUUGGUUAACACAUCUUGCUGUGGUGAUCAGGCUUGUGUUGAGAAGACCUGCAGUUAUAAUGACGAGACAUACAAGGUGGGAGACACGUGGAAGGAUGCCGCUCAUCCCUGCAUGUCGCUCAGCUGCAGCAGAGAGGGUGUUCAGACUGAGACUAGAGUCUGUCCAACAGAAAACUGUCCUGAGGAGGACAGGAUUUGGGAUAACCAACACUGCUGCUUUACAUGUAACCAGAGCUGUGCACCCAAGUUGUCCAACUUCAGCAUCACUGUAGACAACUGCACUACUGUCAUAGAGAUGCCUGCGUGUCAGGGCCAGUGUGCAUCUCAGUCCAGGGUGCUGGUAUUUGCUGACCUACAGGUGGAGCAGGAGAGCAGAUGCUGUCAGAAGCAGCACACAGAGAGGAGAUCAGUGACCCUGCAGUGCACUGACCUCACAACCAGACAUUAUACCUACAAGCAUAUCACCAGCUGUGAGUGUAGAACCUGUAGCAUACUGCGCUGAAGAGCACAGACAGCACAGACCAAAUCCAAGAAUACACAGUUCUGUGAUGUAUCUGUUAGACUUCCAAAUUAAAAUAAAUUAAUUUAAAA